AUGCGCCUCUCGCCUUCCCUUCCUCUUUUCGUCUCUUUCUAUCUCUUGUUAUUGUCUUUUAUUGGCGCUCUAGCUGCUGACCAAGCAGUCUCGGCUGACGAUGCAUGGCAUAUCAAAGGUGGCAGUACUGACGGGGGUUGUGAUAUAAAAGGGCGCAAGGCCAUUAUCAACAAAUGGAACGAUGAAUCUAGGGAUUUGGCAGCGCAUGCUUAUACUGCUAUCCUUCAAUAUUCUUCUGAUAUCUUCAUUAGGAAAGCCUGCUUGACUUUCUUUGGCUUAACAACGAUUAAGAGUAACCCAACUGCCCCCCAGAACGCUAAGACGCUCGCCAAAAUUACAAGAGAACUUGAAAAACUUAAAGACUUAUUCGAAAGCAACUCUGAACGCCCAAAGGCUGGGUUGUUCUGCAGUUCGCAAUGGUUGAAGCUUGUCAGUGGAGGGACAGAUGCCGUUGCAUAUGACUUUACGGGUAAACAAAUAUUUAUCGAUGGCAAACCGCAGACUGUUGGAGAAGUAUAUGAUGAAUUCAUUAAGCCUGGCCAAGUGCCAUUUUGGUCAGAAGACCUCAAAGGUUACGAUUUCUCACCCGCAAAAAAUGACGAUUUCUGCUCGAAAAACCCCGACACAAAGGGUUACACGGAGGAUCUGAACGGCUAUUCGCCUGACUCUGAUGAUGAUGAUGAUGAUUAUGAGCCAGUGGGCGGAAGAGAGCCGUCUGUUCCGUCACAAAUAUAG